ACACACACACACCACCACACCGGGGGAGACCCCCGCCCCGCCCCACCUGCCGGCGGGACGCUCUGCCCGCACUUCCGCCUUUCUGUAGCCGCAGCCCCGCCGGCACCGGCCGCUGGGUAGGCCGCUCUGCGCUGCGGGAGCCUCGGCUCUAUGGUAGGGGCGAGGAGCGCCCCCCUUCGGCUCCGCCCCCGCGCAGUGACGACAUGGCGGCCGGGCUGGCGCGCGCGGGGCGGAGAGCGAGAGCCGCGGGAUGGAGGCGGCCGCUGGGCCCUGAGGAGACGCUGGGGCUGCUGGAGGCCUCAGUGCGGCACCGGGAAGGAGCCGUGCUGGCGCUGAGCAAACCCCCCGGCCUGCCUGUGCUGGGGCGGCCCGGGGAGCUGAGCCUGGCCGUGCUGCUGCCGGCGCUGCGGCGGCGCCUGGGGCUCCCCGCCGAGCUCCACGUGGUGAAGGCUCCGUCCAGGGAAUGCUCCGGCCUCACCCUCCUGUCCAGCUGCCAACGCGCCACCGACGAGCUCCAGCGGUUCUUCACCGGUGCUCGCCAGCGAGGCCAGUACCCAGCCACGUACCGCGCCGUCACCGUGGGGGUCCCGGCAGAGCCGGAGGGCGAGAUCCGCACUGGGCUGCGCUGGCAGCAGCAGGGUGACACAGCUGUGGUAAGGCAGUAACCGGGGGGGUUACGGGCACAGCGGGGGUGACCCGGAACGGGGGGGGCUGAAGGCUGUGUGGUGCCGCAGGUGGUGCCGGUGCCGGCGCCAGGACGCCGGAGCCUGGCCAGGAAGGAGGUGAAGAACACCCUGACACGGUAUCGGGUGCUGGGGGCCGCGGGGGGCUGUGCCCUGCUCCAGCUCCAGCCCAGGACAGCCUUCCCGGAGCAGCUCCCGGUUCACCUGACACUGCUGCUGUGCCCGGCUCUGGGUGACCACCAGCACUCGUCCCGGGUGGGCAGGGUGCUGGGGGUGCCCUUCCUCCUGCCCCCCGAUCCCGCUGCGCCCCACACACAGGUGCUGGACAAGGCGCUGCUGCAGCGGUUGGGGCUCUCCCCACAGCAGCUCCGGCACCUCCCGCUCCACAUCCACCUGCAGGAGCUGGUGCUGCCACAGGGCCCGAUCCGUGCCCCACCACCACCCCCAUUCCUGCGCACGCUGCAGCGCCUGGGGCUGCCCGGGCACCUGGAGCUGUAGCAUCCAUGGGGGGGACCCCCAACCCACUGCCUUCUGCCUCCCUAUUAAAUCCCCACCUCUCAGCACGGUGUCACAGCACCCGUUUCUUCUGGGGACACAUCAUCAUCAAGGUGAUGUGACACCAGUGCCUGACCUGGUUCCCACUGCCGGCGUCACCACUGCCACAGCUCUGUCUCACAGCCAUGACCGCAGGCAGGAGCAGAGGCGGCUUUUCCUGCCCUGGUUUCUGCCCGCAGCCCCAGUUCCCACUGCAUCCUCCCAGCCCACGUGGAGGGUUUUGAAACACGGUCAGUGGGUGUCAAUACUGUGUUUUGUCACCCCCAAGGUUGGUGGGGUGGGUGUCCCUGUGCAGUGAUGGGGUCUGGUUGAAGUAAGGGGGAAGCGGUUGCUGCCAUGCUGCCCCACUUAGGGUGGGCAGGACGCUGUCCCCUCAUUCAUGGCCUGUUGCAGCUCUUCUGCCUGCCCACGUGUGCUGCUUCAUGCCUCCUGCCUGCAGCACAGCUCUGCUGCCCAGGGCAGGCAGGCAGGGUCCUUGGUGGGACUGCAGCUGGCGGAGGGGGUGCCUUGGGCAGGGCACUGGUCCCACAGUGGGGCAGAGUGACUUGAGCCCUCUGGAGCAGGGGUUGUGGCUGUGGUAGUGCCUGGGGGAUAGAACCAGAGGAGAAGAAGGAACACAAUUGUCCUGGAGGAGCUGGGCUGGAUGUGUGCUGCUCCAGCCUGUGGGAGCUGAGUGCUUCUGCCCCUUGGCUUGGGCACCACAGGAGGCUUCGUGUCCUUAAGAGGCUCGGAGGCCACUGGGGACUUGGGCAUCACAGGAGGCUUGGUGUCCGUAAGUGACUUGGAGACCACAGGAAGUGUAGGUGACAGAGGUGACCUGCACCACAGCAUCCCCAGUGUCUCCAGGCUCUUGCCUGGUGGUGAAGGCUCCAAUGCCAUUGAAGUGGUUCACCACCUACAGCAGCUGAAAGUGGACAUCUUCACUCUGGCUGGUCCAGAUGAAGGUCGGUGUCUGGUCCCACACCACGGAGGACUGCAGGAGGGACAGAGGGGACUGGGGUCCUCAUCAGACCAGUGGGCAUCCUCCUCCUCAGGAGGCUCCAGGAUCUCCACUGAGGGCUGAGCCCAACAGGAUGCUGACCCUGCCUCUGGACCCAGCGCUGCCUCCCACUGCUCAUCACCACUGUCUUCCUCAUGCAGCAGCUUCCAAGGGUCCUGCUGCUGCCCCAAGUGGGUGCCCACCCUGACAGUGUUGGAGAACUUCUCCACCCAGCCCCAUGCCCGUAGCAUGUUGCGGAUGACGGGGUAGGGGCCCCGCACCAUGAAGAUCUGGGGAGGGAUGCAAGUGCUCAGCCAUAAAUACAGUGAACAAACGUA